AUGUCUCAUCCAUCCGCCGUGGCCGGCCAAGUCGCCACCAAGGACGACACGACAGUCCGCAAGCGCAAGACUCAUCGAAAGUCUCGCCUGGGCUGCGGCAACUGCAAGAUUCGCGGCGUCAAGUGCGAUGAAUCCAAACCCACCUGUCGCCGCUGCCACAUAUCAGGUUUCACAUGCAACUAUUCCCGCACCAUCCCAACACUCCAGCUCUCCCACUCAAGCAUCCUGAGACUUGAUUUCUCUCGCAGCCAAACCCCAGUUGUCGAUGUUCUUCCCACGGAUAGCAUCUUCUGGGAAGCUUCUCUUCAGCCUGCUCUGCGGAUUCCGAUAGUCUUGCCUCUGCAGGGCAGGCUGGGUGAAUACACUCUACGACCGGGUGAUUAUGCUGUUCUGCAUCGCUUCCAGACGAGGACGGCUGCAUCAUUGGGAACCGUCAGCUCGAGGAAAUGGUAUCUCGAUGUUGUAGCUGGCCUCGCAAAAGAGCACCCCUUUCUCUUCCACUACUUCCUCGCUCUCUCUCUCCUCCACGACAUUCACCUCUCACCAAACCCUCUCCCCUCAUCCCACGAUGCCUCCCUCGCCUUCCACUGGUAUCAAGGCACCGCCAUCCUAUCCCACUUCCUCUCCCUCCCCUCCCCCUCGACGACUCUCUCCUCUUCCCACCGCGACGCCCUCUGGAUCUGUGCCUCCAUCCUCGGCGCCGCCUCCUUCGCCUCCAUCCGCACUCAAGAUCCCUCCGCCGCAUGGCCUCUCGCAGACCCAAACCCGGCUACCGACCUCGACUGGCUCAAGAUGGGCCACGGCAAGCGCGCCGUCUGGGCAAUCACCGACCCGAAUCGUCCCGAAAGUGUCUUCCACAGACUCCUCGAACACACUCCCAUGCAACACCCCUUCGAUACCUCCAUCAUCGCGCCAGAUUCGCUCCCUCCGCUGUUCUACAAGGUCUUCAACCUCUCCGAGACCUCCUCUCCAGAAACAAACCCCUACCAUGGUGCUUCCGCCAUCCUCUCCACCCUCUGGAACCAGCCGAUCAACGACCAUAACGUCAUCCUCUUCCUCAGCUUCAUCACCCAAAUCGACCCCUGCUAUAGAUCUCUCAUCGAGGAGAAGGAUACUCGUGCGCUGCUUCUCCUCCUAUAUUGGCACUCCAUUGUGGUGCCACAAGAUCGGUGGUGGCUACGACGACGCUGUAUAGUCGAAGCCAAGGCCAUUAUAAUGUAUCUUGAGAGAUAUUGUGCGGAUGACAGCCAUAUCUUGGAGCUGUUGCAAGUGCCAAAGGCAACACUGACCAAAGUGUAA